AUGAAAUCUUUCCUUAUAAACACGUGUCUAGGCGAAAAAGUAGGUUCAAAACCUCAAGCAAGCGCAAAACGCUCAAUACUUGAACUGUAUGACAGUUCCGAAGAUGAAUUGAACAAGGAAGCGCCGAAGAAAAAACAUUUGCCCGUUGUACUUCAAUAUCCUAAUUAUACCAUCAUUGCUUAUGUUAACAGGUUCUUUACACGCUCUGAUAUUAAUGUAAAGCGUCCAGCCAUCAUGUACUCAUUCAUUCAUGUAAAGCGUCUAGCCAUCAAGGAUGCAGUUGGUGAUAGAGAUAAAACGAGCAGAGGGAUUGUCUGCAAAAUCCGCUCAGCAGAUAAAGAUUGGGUUAUGGAGAUCUCUGAUCUUUUCCAAGUUCGACCAGUUGAUGGUAAAUAUUUUAUUUUCGUGAAUGGCAAGUAUUUCAUCCGAAUCCUGAACAAUGGAAAUGUUAUCUACCAUCCUUGGACACAGACACCACAAUUCACUGCAAGGAACUAUGUCCUUAAGGGACAGUGUUCAGCCAAAAUGUAGAAUUAGGAGAAAGGUUAUGAUAGAUCCUGAACCUUCUGAUUCCAUCAUUCUAUCUUCGAGUGGACUUCAAGAAACCAGAACUUCUUGAGGAAGUGUAUGUUCCAGUUUACCCUCAGCUUGAAAAUACAAUUUGUGUUUUGGUGCAGAUAACCAGGAGUGGUUUGCUUUGGUCGAACAAGUUGACAAUGAAGAAAGGACAGCAAGUAAAAUGGUAUUCAGAAGCAGGACGUCCAGGUGUCUGGAUCCUGAUGAAUCAAGAAGAUUAAGUGAAUUUCUCUUUAGUUUUGAGGACACGCCCCAUCUAACCGAAGCUUGGGGGGAUAUAGCAUAG